AUGCCGUCAGAUUCACCCAUAUCGAUCGAUGUGAAGGCGUACCUUCAAGUAAAAGACACUAAUCCACCAGACUAUUCGGAUCUCCAGAAACUCCCAUUCGGUAAGAAAUUCAAUAUGGAUUUUAUGCGCAAAUCAACUCAUCCGUCCCGCGCAAAGGGAGAACAGGAAUAUAAACAAGGAAACUAUGCAAAUGCAAUCGAUUAUCUCUCAGAAGCACUCGAACACAACAGAAACAGCUACACUACCCUUUGCAACAGAGCAAUGGCACACGCUGCAACGAAAAACUUGGCUGCUGCGUUCGACGACUUGAACGUUGCAAUCGCUAUGAGGCCAAAUGAAUCGCGAGCCCUUUUGCUUGCAGGAGAAUAUUGCCGCAUUGCUCAUAUGUACCAGACCGCAUUACGUUGUCUGAAUAAAGCAUUAGAAUUUGACCUGUUUAGUAAACAUUUAUGGAAUAGUAGAGGCGCAACUUACUAUGCAUUAGGUAAACACCAGAAAGCAACUGACGAUUUCAACCGAGCUCUCGUACUCAAACUAUCCGACAAGUUUGCGCUGAGGAAAUUAGCUGAAAUGAAUCAGAGUAUUGGGUCAUAUUCGGUUGCAAUAUCUAAUUUUAACAAGCUCCUUGCAGUUGAUCCAGAUAAUAAUCGAGCACUUUACCUACGAGGAGACUGUUUAUCAAAAUCUGGACAAUUGCAAGCGGCGCUGGCCGAUUUUAACAAAGCACUCUCGUCCAAUCCGAACGACAUCAAGACCUUGUUUAGUAGAGGGAGCGCAUACAAAACACUCGCACUUUAUCCGCAGUCACUGGACGAUUUUAAUCUCAUCCUACAAUUAGACAAUAAUAACUCGCAUGCUCUAAGAGCGCGUGCCGACGCAUAUAGACUAAUGGGCAGAAACACCGAGGCGCUGAAUGAUCUAAACACUGCGUUGGAAGUAGGCACAGACCAUGCAGAAGUAUUGUUUGAGAGAGGCAGAUUGUACAAAGAAAUGAAAAAAUACGACUUGGCGGUCAAAGACCUGCGUAAUGCCAUCGUUGAAAACCCCAAACACUCCCGUGCAUUAGCUCAUCUAGGGGACACAUAUAGGUUUCUAGGCGAGGUCGAUGUGGCGCUUUCCCAUCUCAACAAGGCAAUCGAACUGAAUCCAAGUGACACGUUUGCGUUAAGUAGACGAGGAGACUUGUAUCGAAUGACUGGAAAAGAUGACUUGGCAUUAACCGAUCUUAACAACUGUUUCACCAUUCAAUCAAAUGACGCGUUUGCACUCAGAUCACGUGGGGCAUAUUACAAAAAUCAUAACCAACCGGACAUUGCUCUCUCUGAUUUCACACGUGCGUUGGAAUUGGAACCAAACGAUGCAUACGCAUUAAGAAACAGAGGCGAUAUAUACAGACGAUUGCAACUGUAUGACAAAGCGUUUGCAGAUUUGAGUCUAUCAUUAGAAAUAGAACCAAAUAACAAUUUUGCACUUGUUGUAUUUGGAUCCGUCUGUUGCACAUUGAAGAAAUAUUCUUUGGCCAUGAAACAUCUGACUCAGGCUAUCAAGAAUGAUUCAACGAAUUCGUUGGCUUAUACUUACAGAGGAGAAGCGCCAAAUGAUGCCUAUGCAUCACAAUCAGUUGACAAAGUUAAAUUGUUACAAAUACAGGAAAAGAACUUGGGCAUAAGAGAGACGAAUGGCAUAGCGGAAGAAGUUACCGAAAGGGCUAAUGUAAAGGCAAAUAAGAACGUUGGUGCGAAAGCGGGCACGCGUAGUGUUGAGAAUUUUGUUGCAGAUGCGGGCGAGACUGUGGUUAAGAGUGUGGGCAAGACUGUGGAUGAGAGCAUGGGCGCGAACGUGGAUGACAGCGUGGUUGGGAGUGUAGACAAGACAGUGGUUGAGACUGUCGGUGUGAAUGCAAGUGAGAAUCUGGGCGAGAAUCUGGGCGAGAAUCUGGGCGAGAAUCUGGGCGAGAGUAUGGACAAUAGGCUUGUCAAUAAUGGGGAGAUAACGAACAUUACAUCCAUGGCCGAGUGA